AUGUCGGGGGGCGCUUCGGAAAGCAGCGCGGCGGCGGUGGCGACUCCCCGCUUCCUGGCUCCUCCGGCGCCCCCGCCCAAGAACGGCUCUAGCUCGGACAGCUCCGUUGGCGAGAAGCUGGGGGUAGCCGCCGUCGGUACUGGGGGUGCCGCCGUCGCAGGCGGAGACCCUGAAGGCUCGGAAGGUGGCGGGGGCCGCAACGAGGAGUAUCGGCGUCGCCGCCACACUAUGGAUAAGGACAGCCGCGGCGCGGCAGCCACCGAGCACCGCUUUUUCCGCCGGAGCGUCAUUUGCGACUCCAAUGCGACUGCUCUGGAGCUUCCGCGGCUACAGCCCGCAGCGCCUCCCCCUGCUGAUGUCGCCCCGGGGAGCAUCCCGACGGUGCUGGGCUCGCCUCCCGAGUCUGUCAUCCAAGCUGUGUGCGCCUCUGUCACCUCCAGCCAGGCCCCCACCCUCUUGCAGCAGUCAUCACCUCUGCCUCCACCUGCAGAGGGGCAGUCUGGUCAAGAGCUCCUGGUGGCAAAGGACGUUGCCCCGCUGAUGGCCAAGGAUGAAGGAUUAGAGGCUGCCCCGCUGCCUCCUACCAGUACAGCGGGAAGUACUGUUGCUUCUGCCCGGGAUCUGCAAGAAGAGAGGAGUAAGCAACAGGACGAUAUUGAGGAGUUGGAGACCAAAGCUGUGGCCUUUUCUCCAGAUGGUCGUUUUCUUAAGUUUGACAUCGAGAUUGGCAGAGGUUCCUUCAAGACUGUCUACAAGGGGCUGGACACUGAGACCACAGUGGAGGUGGCUUGGUGUGAGCUGCAGGAUCGGAAGCUGUCAAAGUCAGAACGGCAACGGUUUAAGGAAGAGGCUGAAAUGCUGAAAGGGCUUCAGCAUCCUAACAUUGUUAGGUUCUAUGAUUCCUGGGAAUCUACGGUCAAGGGAAAGAAAUGUAUUGUUUUGGUUACAGAGCUUAUGACAUCUGGCACUCUGAAAACAUAUUUAAAAAGGUUUAAAGUGAUGAAAAUUAAAGUACUGCGAAGCUGGUGCCGCCAAAUACUGAAGGGUUUGCAGUUCUUGCACACGCGCACUCCUCCCAUUAUCCACCGUGACUUGAAGUGUGACAACAUUUUUAUCACUGGCCCCACAGGAUCAGUCAAGAUAGGAGACUUGGGCCUGGCAACCUUGAAGCGAGCCUCCUUUGCCAAGAGUGUGAUAGGUACCCCAGAGUUCAUGGCACCCGAGAUGUAUGAGGAGAAAUACGAUGAAUCCGUUGAUGUAUAUGCUUUUGGGAUGUGUAUGCUUGAGAUGGCUACGUCUGAAUAUCCUUAUUCUGAGUGUCAAAAUGCUGCGCAGAUCUACCGUCGAGUGACCAGCGGAGUCAAGCCAGCCAGCUUUGAUAAAGUAGCAAUUCCUGAAGUAAAGGAAAUUAUUGAAGGAUGUAUCCGUCAAAACAAAGAUGAAAGGUAUGCUAUCAAGGACCUUUUGAAUCAUGCGUUCUUCCAGGAAGAGACUGGUGUGCGGGUAGAGCUAGCAGAAGAAGACGAUGGAGAGAAAAUUGCUAUUAAGCUAUGGUUACGAAUUGAAGACAUUAAAAAACUUAAGGGCAAAUACAAGGACAAUGAAGCGAUAGAAUUUUCUUUUGACUUGGAGAGAGAUGUCCCAGAGGAUGUAGCACAGGAAAUGGUUGAAUCUGGGUAUGUCUGUGAAGGGGAUCACAAGACAAUGGCCAAAGCUAUAAAGGAUAGAGUGUCCUUGAUUAAACGAAAGAGGGAGCAGCGUCAGUUGGUGAGAGAAGAGCAGGAGAAAAGAAAGCAAGAAGAAGUCAGCCAGAAGCAGCAGAUAGAGCAGCAGCUACAAGCAGGUCCUGCCCAGCAAGGAACAAAACCUGCCACAACUACCACUGGCAUCAGUACCAUCCCCACUACUUCAACGUCCGUUUCUACACAAGUAGAGCCUGAGGAACCAGAGGCUGAUCAGCAUCAACAGUUGCAGUACCAGCAGCCCAGCAUUUCUGUCUUAUCUGAUGGCACAGUUGACAGUGGGCAGGGAUCUUCUGUCUUUACUGAAUCGUGUGUGAGUAGCCAACAGACCGCUUCCUAUGGUUCCCAACAUGAACAGUCUAUUCCUACAGUUCCAGCCCCAGGGUAUGGAGUUCCUGUUGGCCAGCCACAAUCGCAACAACCUGGAGGAUACCAGACACCUUCAGUGCCUCAGCGUGGCUGUAGCAUGUCAGUGUGUGCUUCCCCCCUUUCUUUCCCCCCUCUGUCCCAAAUCCCUGCCAGUGCUCCCUCCACUCCACCGUCUGUGUUGUCUGCACCACUUUCUCCUUCCUACCUUCGGACUGCCCCUGAGGAAACUUUUGGUGAAAAGCUUUCCAAAGCCUUGGAGAGUGUCCUGCCCAUGCACACCGCCUCUCCACGCAGUCAUCGGCGUUCCAGCCUGCCUUCCCUCUUAGUCAACCCUCCUCAGUCCAUGGUGCAUCCGUGUGGGGGAACCCCGACGUUCCCAGAUUCCCAGGUAUUAUUUCCAACCGUUCAUGAACGGCCAGUGUCUUUCUCGCCACCACCCAUCUGCCCUUCGAGGGUGGCCAUUUCUCAACGGCGCAAGAGUACCUCCGUCCUUGAAGCCCAAACUUGCCACUUCCAGCCCUUGCUCAAGACUGGUCAGAGUGUAUUUCUCUCUGGUGGUAGUCCAACAACUUGGACACCAGAGGCACGGGUGACAAUGAGUGCCACAGGUCACAAAUCUACAGGAGAGCACAUGCAGGCUAACCCUGUGUUUGAGUCUGCUCAAGUGUUGGCUGAUUACAGACCCGGACAAGCACCUUCAACAGAUGCUACAAACAUCUUGACUCAAGAAGCAAUGUAUUUAGUGGGCAUGCACUACCAGUCCCAGUUGCCAGAACACUAUGAUACGGUAUCCCAUAAUUUCCAUGGGACUGAGCAACAUUUGCUACAGGCUCCUGAACAGAGAAAUUUGCAAGGUGGCCCUCUUCAGAGUUCUGCUCUUGAGUAUCAGCCAGGGCAGGCUCUUCUGGCAAGACAAAUCCAGAACUUGAGGCUGGAUUCUGGAAUGAAUCCACCGUCGCCAUUGUCUAGCACAUCAGCACCAUUGAGUGCAGAUGCCACACAGAUGAAUUUUCACCCAGUAUUUGUUCCUCAUUCUGCACCUGCCAUACUCACUCACAGUGGGGAUGGCCGAACAAGUUGUGUGUUUGAGUUCCAUGUUCAAGCAUCUAAUGUGACUGCAGGAGAAGGUACAGUCCUAUCCCAACGCGUUUAUAGAAAUCGUCGAGGCUCUACAGAUUUUAAUCAGGAGGAAUCCCCUCAAGCAACUCUACAGCCUGGUCGCCUUCAGCCUGUAACAGAGGAGCAGUGCAACUAUCUGGGCCCUGAGUUCAUGUUGCCUCGAGGCAGUUCUUUUCUACAGAGCUGGCCAGAAGGUAGCCCAGGAUACUCCAGUGACUCGUCACAGUUGACUUCUUCAGAUACUAGUGAUUUUCUGUCUCCCCCUCCCAGUGGGGCAUCUGCAUCAUAUGGCUUAGACUUGUCUCUGCCUGCUUCCCAGCUGGCUCAGAAGGUAUUUCCAGAUUCGCAGAUCUUCUUCCACUUCCCACAGGGAACUUCAUCUCAGCAGACAUUCUCGACACUGGUUUCAUCAGGAUCAUCCACACUCUUUUCUCAGAUACAAGGGCAGCCAACCUCAAGUGGUUCAUCGGUGGGCACAUCAUCCCAGAUUAUGCAGCAAAGUCAACAGGUACUGAGUACCCAGCAGCCAGCCUCUUCUCAGCAGACUGGGCAAUACCAAGUUCAGCAGCCAUCAGUUUCCAGUGGAGCUGCCCCAUUGCAGCCAGUUACACAACAAGCACAAAUAAUGCCUAUGCCUCAGGUAGCAGCUGGGACACAGCUUCCUGUUUCCCAACCAGUGCCGAUCAUCCAAGGUGAACCACAGUUACCUAUGGCAGCGCCUUCCCUUCCUCAGCCUUCAGUUGCCCCAGUCCUGCCCCUUGGCUCUCACUUUCUCCCUUUGGGGCAGCCCUUACAAGCUCCCCUUCUUCCACAGUUCUCAGUCUCUCAGAUGCCCGUAGCAGCACCUCAUGUGUCGGUGGCUCAGCCUUGCUUCCCGUCUCUACCCAUCUCUAUGGCAGCUGGCAUUAACCAGCCGUUGCUCACUCUGGCUACAUCUGCUGCAGCGGCUGCUAUUCCUGUGGGCUCAACUGCUGUCCCUAGCCAGCUUCCAACUCUCCUGCAGCCUGUGGUCCCACAGCUUCUGCAGCCAGCUGUUCAGUCCAUGGGAUUGCCAGCCACUCUGGGACAAACUGCUGAAGUACCACUUCCAGCUACAGAUGCUGUGUACCAGGGCUUCCCACCUCGGCUACCAGCGCAAUAUACUGGAGAACCAAAUAUUGCUUCCUCUUCUGUGGCCUCUGCUUGCCUCCCUUCUGCAGUACUAUCCCCUCCCUUACCCACAGAUGCAUUGGCUCAGCCAGGCUAUAUUGCUGCAAGGUUGCAGCCUUAUGUGGAGCAGAAUGUUUUAGUUUCAAUGGGCGGUCUAGGAGGACAGGUCCAAGUGCAACAGCCUGCUUCCUGUUUAGCACAGCAGGUUUCAUCUGCAUCCUCGCAGCAGACAGCAUUAGAGAGUACUUCUGGAGUCACUCAGCCGGCACCUCCAGAGCCUCAACCAGCACAGCAACAGCCUCCACAAUCAACACCAUUGGUUUCCUCAAUAGACAGUGCACAUUCAGAUGUUGCUUCAGGCUUAAGUGACUGCAACGAGAGCAUUCCAGCGUCUAGUGGUCGUCACGAAGGGAGGACUACGAAACGACAUUAUCGGAAGUCAGUGCGCAGCCGCUCUCGCCAUGAAAAGACUACACGUCCAAAACUGAGAAUUCUUAAUGUUUCGAACAAAGGAGAUCGGGUUGUGGAAUGCCAGCUGGAGACACACAAUAGAAAAAUGGUUACUUUCAAAUUUGACUUGGAUGGUGACAAUCCAGAGGAAAUAGCCUCUAUCAUGGUGCAAAAUGAAUUCAUCUUGGCAACAGAGAGAGAUUCAUUUGUUGAGCAGGUGCGAGAUAUCAUAGAAAAGGCAGAUGAAAUGCUUGGUGAAGAUGCCAGUGGGGAACCUGAAGGUGAUCAAAGCAUGGAUAGUAUACAGAACCAGAAAUUGGAUGGAGACUUCAAACAACCAGAUCCUGUGUCUUCCAUGCCACAAAGAAUAGGCAUUCCUCCUCAUUCGUUGACUCAGGUUGUCCAUUCUGCUGGAAGACGGUUUAUUGUCAGCCCUGUUCCAGAAAGUAGGUUGCGAGAACAAGCGUUUUUCACUUCCAUUCCAUCAGAAAAUGAGCUUCUUGAUAUAGUUGCUGCUUCCCCAUCUCAUGGCCCUGGGAUGAAUCUCUCUCACUCUGCAUCAUCACUCAGCCUACAGCAAGCUUUCUCGGAGCUUAAGCAUGGUCAAAUCUUGGAAGGACCCAGCACAGCUCCCCCAAUUUUUAACCAGGCUGUGCCACCUUUUCCAUCUCUAAGUUCAAGUCUGAAUGGGGGGCUGCCGUCCACAUCAGUGAUUGGUCCUUCAGUGUCACUUCCUUCCUCCACUGAUGUUUCUUUAGCAGCAACUCAGCCAAUAGAAAAGGCAACCACAGGGCUUCCAGUAAGUGAAGAAAUGUCAGGCUCCAACUCUCCACCACCAGCGUUGCAGUCUGGGCCACAGUUUAUUAGUGGAGUGGCUUCCAGCUUCAGUGCGCCUUCUUUUUUAUCAACAACUGCAUCCCAGGUGGCUUCUGCCAUUGCAGAAAUUGUUCCUAGUAUUAGCACCCCGGCUUCUCUAACGUUGCCACAGGCUGGAGCAACAGGGCCUAGUGUUACAAUAUCAGGAGUUAAGACACCACCUGUGACUGCUCAGCAGGGUGGAAGUGGUGCUCCAGCAGCAUCUCAAACAACUAUCCCUGUGUCUUUGGCACAGAGCAUGGUUUCACAGUCUUCUCACUUGAACACCAGCAGCUCUGUCCCCAGCCUAGCAGAAAUGGUGGUAGUUAAUGUGCUGCAGCCAAGAUCAGAAAGUGAACAGUCCCCAGAAAAGCCACAGCUGGGCAGUACAGGUGAAAUACCUUUGCCUGUUUCUGUACCUAUACCCUCUGCAGUAGCAUCAAAUAUACCUAGCUCCAUCUCGCAGCCAGCUGUGGUGCAGCCACUACCCAUCCCACCUGCAGUUACCUCAUCUAGCUUAGCUCCAGUAGGAGGUGCAGUCUCUACCCCAGUAUUACCCCAGGUUCCUUUAUCUGGCAUCCUGCCCCUGGCUCAGCCAGUAGCUAACGUGCCUGCAGUGCAGCAGACUUUAAUACAUAGUCAGCCUCAACCAGCUCCAUUGCCCAAUCAACCUCAUACUCACUGUCUGGAAGGGGAUGUUGAUGCUCAGCCGAAAGCACCUGGCAUAGAUGACAUUAAAACCCUGGAAGAAAAACUGCGAUCCCUCUUCAGUGAACAUGGUGGUGCAGCUCACCCGACGGUAUCCCUGGAGACAUCUCUAGCAGUGGAGACUACAGUCAUGCCUGGUUUACCAACCACUGCUGUUGCACCUACGAAACCUGUGGCACCCACUGCAAGUACCAGCAUACCACCAACUAGUUUGACGCUUGGCCCAACAGGUUUACCUGUCGUGACACCAGUUGCCACACCUGGGCAAGCAGGCACCCCAGGCAGCUGUGUCCCAGCAACAUGCUGUACUGCAUCAACAACAGUUAAACCAGGGACUCCUCCAUCAAAGCCACCUCUUAGCAGGGUACCGGCGCUCCCAGUAGGUUCUGAACUUCCAGCUGGCACUCCAUCCAGUGAGCAGCUGCCACCUUUUCCGGGACCUUCACUAACUCAGUCCCAGCAACCUCUGGAGGACCUGGAUGCUCAGUUGAGAAGAGCCCUGAGUCCAGAGACGGUCCCAACAACAUCAGCUCCUGCCUGUCCUCUGCCAUCUGUGACUUCUACAACAGUUACUGGAAUGGUGUCUGCAUCAGAACAGCCCACAAAUACUGAUUCUCAGGAUGCAGAAAAUUGUGCCACAACUACCACCUCAGGAGCUGCUGUUCUUAAGAUGGGUCGUUUCCAGGUGUCAGUGGCAGUGGAUGAUCAGAAAGAGAGUGGAAGUAAGCCCAAGCACUUUGACACAACCACCUCAGAGUCCUCAUCUUUGUCUAGCAGCAGCCCAGAGAGUACUGUAGUGAAGCCAACCUCCAGUGGGACAGCUGAAGCCAUUGCUGUUACCUCAGUGGACGUGACGGAUGGAGUUUCCUCACACACGUCCACCAUGCAGUUGCAACCAACCAAGGUUGGGCGUUUCCAGGUGACAACAACAACAGACCAAGUGGGUCGCUUUUCUGUGUCUAGAACUCAAGAUGAGAUGACCUGUGUGGAAAGAGAGGUCCCUGCAAUAGUCCCUCUGUCCGUGGACUCUUCUCCGCUCAAAACACCUAAAUCAGACUUUGCGGAGAGAAGGUCCUCCCUGCAACUGAACGGGCCAUCAUCUGAGCUGGAAGCUGCCUUCCUGAGCGGUGCAGCUAAGGAGAUGAAUGAUGGCUCCAGGAGUCCAGACUCUCUCCAUCCACCUGGGUCAAAGAUCAGUCUUCCAGUCCAGAGCCUUAGCAACUCGUUCAACUCUUCCUACAUGAGCAGUGAUAAUGAGUCAGAAAUUGAAGAUGAAGACUUGAAGUGUGAGCUGCGUCAAUUGCGAGAGAAGCACCUUAAAGAGAUCCAAGAGCUUCAGAGUCGCCAAAAGUUGGAGAUUGAACUGCUUUAUACGAAACUGGGCAAGGUGCCUCCAGCAGUAAUCAUUCCGCCUGCUGCUCCUCUAUCAGGCAGGCGGAGAAGACCUACUAAAGGAAAAAGUAGCAGAUCCAGCCGCAGCAGCUCCCAGGGUAAUAAGAGCCCUCAGAUUUUGGGCAAUCUGUCUGCUCAGAGCGCACCUUCGGUCUUGCCCCAGCAGCAGACCCUCCACCCUCCUGGCAGUGUCCCAGAAACAGGACAGAACCAUCUGUUACAGCCCCUGAAACCGUCUCCUUCUAGUGAGAACCUCUACUCUGCCUUUACUAGUGAUGGUGCCAUUUCCAUACCAAGCCUUUCUGCGCCGGGCCAAGGCUGUGUGAAGUUUAACUGUGCAUCUGAGCGGGUGACAUUCAAGCCUGGUGGCAGGAGGACCCGAUUUCUGAGGACCAGCAGUACAAACACUGUUGGGGGUACAGUGAACAGCCAGGCACCUCAGUCUCAGCCUCCUGCCUCUAGCCGAAAAGGGACCUUUACUGAUGACCUGCACAAGCUAGUAGACAACUGGGCACGGGAUGCUAUGAACCUCUCUGGCAAGAAAGGAGGAAAAGGGCACGGGAACUAUGAGGGCCCGGGAAUGGCAAGGAAGUUCUCCGCACCAAGCCAGCUCUGCAUCUCGAUGACAUCCUCCCUUGGUGCUACACCCAUCUCUGCAGCGUCAGCUACCUCCCUAGGUCACUUCACAAAGGCCAUGUGCCCCCCUCAGCCAUACGGUUUUCAAACAGUGCCCUUUGUAGCUCCCUGGAGCGGAACAGGUGGUCCAACACAGCAGCCUUUAGGCCAAUUCCAGCCUGUAGCAGCUGCCUCAUUGCAAAACUUCAACAUCAGCAACUUGCAGAAAUCUAUCAGCAACCCCCCUGGCUCUAACCUGCGGACCACUUAGUGAGACCCAGACACACUGCUGGGUAGACUUUGGUGGGGGGAGAUGGGGCCCUGAAUCAACUACUAGGCUGCAGUGAACUGGCUGUUAGUGCCCAAAGGGGAUGAAUUUCCCCCUCUAACCAUUGCUCUCUGCUCUCAGUAAGAAAAGCCCCCCAUUCUGAAGAUGGGGAGAGAAAGGUGAUCGGGAUCUUCCAUGACGGGACAAUGCUUCCUCUCAUUCUUUUGUAUGGAAAAGUGUGCCAAGUUGGAAGUCAUCAUGCAAGCCAAGUCGUUUGGCUUAAGAGGCUGAAUCCACAUGUGUUGAGACGGGAGGGUUGUCGUUAGUUCUAGCAUGAAUCUUUAGUAUGCUGUUCGUCCUUGCUCUGAGGAAUUGGGCCUGGGGGUGGGUGGGGAAGUUACCAGUUUUCCCAUCUUUUCUCUUCCUUCCUUCAAACCAUCACACCGAAGUUCCUGAACUGACGUGGCACACAGGUGGACUUGCAGAACAGUCCAUGCGUUGAGAUAGGUCAUUACUGCUUUAAGUAAAAGAUAUUAACAGCUUUGACUGCAGCAUUAGAGCAAUUUAAAUUGUUUAGAAAAAAAAAUUAAAGUUCCCUGCGGACAUGUACUUACCAUCAGUUUUGAUGUGGAAACACUGUGAUAUAUAAAUGUUGUUGGACAACAGUAGUUUAAAAACAAAAUGAGUGGAGUAUAGAGGGUUAAACAGUUAAAAAGGAAAAAAAUGGGAAAAAAGCUAGCUAUAUCCUGAUACUUAUUGGAGACACUUUAACUUUUUUCCUUUUUAUUUUCAUUGUAUUAGAUAAAUGUGAAUGUAUAAUUGUAUAAAUUUAAUGUACUUGAAUACUUGUCUGUUCUCCCAGUAUGCUUGCUGGAUAUUUUAGUGCCUUGGACUUUUAUUGCUUCUGCAGUUAGCAUCACCUUCCCAGCAGACUUUAGACAGGAAGAGGGAAAGAUGGGGGGAAAAGGGAGGUUACUUGGACAUAGUCACUGGAAUACCAAAGGCUUAACACAUCGGAUGUUUUACACUGUAAUAGUGUCUAGAGUAGGUGUUGGAGGGGGAGCUACUGCAGCUGUAUGUCGAAAGAAUAAAGGUACAGAAUGGUGGGGGAAACCAUUAUGGUUGACACAGCAGCAAUGAGCGAUGAAUAAAGGGCUGCUGAAAUGAAUGAAGACUAUGACCAGAGGUAACUGGGCAGAAUGAGAACGGAGGAAAUAGUGACAAAGAGGUGUGUCUUUGAAAGGGUAGCUCGACUUUUAGGCUAUAAAGGGGAUUUUUUUUGGUAAGGUCAGUGUAUGUUAAGGGGUUGGAGCUAUCACUCUGGGGAGGGAAGAGUGUCUGCUGGGAUUUGCUCCCCCCUUCAUUCAAUCCAGAAAGGCCAGGAGUAGAUUAUCCUGCUGCGACAUCCAUUGCCAGGGAUGGAUACACUUGAAACAGCCAGCAUCAAAGAAUAACUUGUUUUCAUCCUAUGUCUAAAGGAUUUAAAAACUGGUACCAGGACUGUAACUAACUGAGUUGCCUUCUAGUAGGUGUACUAUAUCUCCUACUUUCUACUCGCCUUCUUCUUUCUAACUUAAAAUACUGAUUCCCUGUUCAAGUGAAAUACAGCAACCAACUAGUAUUACUUCAUAUUGCUGCAGCAGGCUGUGAAGGGUCAAAGUACUUCUGCUUUGUAUUUGGAAGCAGUUUUACUGCUGGUCUGGAAGUUUGUAUCCUAAGAAAACAUGUCCCCACUCACCCCAAAAAAUCCAUCUAAGGUUACCAGGGAGUUUGUUCUUUCUGUACUUGUUUCACUCUUCCCUCAAACAUAUGCACAGGUCUUUCUUUCCAUCCUUCACCUCAAGCUGAAGUUUACAGUGGCUUUGUCAGGAAGAUAGAUGAGGCUUGGGCAUGGUGGCUGAGACACAAAAGGCAGACGUCUAGGUGGCUGGGUUUCAACAACUUUUCAGACUUAAGAAAAACUCAACUUUGUGAUGUGAAAAUGGGGGAGCAUAAGGCUUCCUGGAGAAGAAAUUAAUUGAAAAGUCUGCUUUCUGGUGUCUGGCUGAGGGCUCUAAAGACGGAGAGUAGGAGUCGAGGGUCAUGUGCAGAAAGUAUGAAGGAGCAGUGAUGAAAGAUGCCACUUCAUGAUAGAGGAACUGGUCAGCUGAGUGUUGCACAAGGGUGGUCUUUUGGUUUAAUAUGUUUGAGGUCAGGUUUUCACUUAGUUAUGCAAGUACUGGUUUUAUUUACCAUUGAUUUCCCUCCUGUGGAUGAAAUAACUGAGGUCUAGAAGAAUUAACUAAUGCUACUGAACUGUUAAAUUAUUUUGUGUUAAUAUUACACUUUGAGUACCUUUUUCCACAAGAUCUGUUUCUGAAUUACAGAUGUUUUCUUUACAUUAUUUAACAAUGUACACUGUAAAAAAAAUAAAAAUAAAAUGAAUUCAAACCUUGGGCUUCCCUGGCCGUAGUUAAUGGUAUGUUUUGCACUAAAUCCAGGCAUUGCGCUUCCUGUAUGAUUGCGCUUUGUGCUGCAGUUUGUUACCUUUGUAGAUAUUUAAUGAAAUCAUUCAAAUAAACCAAACCUGCUUUUGUUGA